AUGGGACGUGGACGUGGACGUGGACAUGGACGUGGACGUGGACGUGGACGUGGACGUGGACGUGGUCGUGGACGUGGACGUGGACGUGGACGUGGAUGUGGACGUGGACGUGGUCGUGGUCGUGGACGUGGUCCUGGACGUGGACGUGGACGUGGACGUGGUCGUGGUCGUGGACGUGGACGUGGACGUGGACGUGGACGUGGACGUGAACGUGGACGUGGACGUGGACGUGGACGUGGACGUGGACGUGGACGUGGACAUGGUCGUGGACGUGGACGUGGACGUGGACGUGGACAUGGUCGUGGACGUGGACGUGGACAUGGACGUGGACGUGGACGUGGACAUGGACGUGGAAGUGGACGUGGACGUGGACAUGGACGUGGACGUGUGGACGUGGACGUGGACGUGGACGUGGACGUGGACCUGGACGUGGACAUGGACGUGGACGUGGACGUGGACAUGGACGUGGACGUGGACGUGGACGUGGACGUGGACAUGGUCGUGGACGUGGACGUGGACGUGGACGUGGACGUGGACAUGGAGGUGGACAUAGACGUGGAGGUGGACAUGGAGGUGGACGUGGACGUGGAGGUGGACGUGGACGUGGGACGUGGACGUGGACGUGGACGUGGACGUGGACGUGGACGGGACGUGGACGUGGACGUGGACGUGGACGUGGACGUGGACGUGGACGUGGACGUGGACGUGGACGUAGACGUGGACGUGGACCUGGACGUGGACGUGGACGUGGACGUGGACAUGGAGGUGGACGUGGACGUGGACGGGGACAUGGACUUGGACAUAGACGUUGACGUGGACGUGGACGUGGACGUGGACGUGGACGUGGACAUGGACGUGGACGUGGACGUGGACGUGGACAUGGACGUGGACGUGGACCUGGACGUGGACAUGGAUGUGGACAUGGACGUGGACAUGGACGUGGACAUGGACGUGGACAUGGACGUAGACGUGGACGUGGACGUGGACGUGGACGUGGACGUAGACGUGGACGUGGACGUAGACGUGGACGUGGACGUGGACGUGGACGUGGACCUGGACGUGGACGUGGACGUGGACAUGGACCUGGACGUGGACGUGGACGUGGACGUGGACCUGGACGUGGACGUGGACAUGGAGGUGGACAUGGACGUGGACGUGGACAUGGAGGUGGACAUGGACGUGGAGGUGGACAUGGAGGUGGACGUGGACGUGGAGGUGGACGUGGACGUGGACGUGACGUAG